GGUUCUUAUGGGUGGUAUUGGGGGUAUUAGUCCCUACAUAUUCCCAGAUAGAAUUUGGAGGCUGGUAUCCUCGAUUAUCAUCUCUUCUUCGCAUAGAAAUACAUACGGUAGACGAAUAUACAAUCCCAUGUAGGCGGAUAGUAGACUGAGAACUUGCCACCGCAUAGACACUUCACUAUCCUGUAACCUGCAACUUAUAUUUGCCUCAACCACGCAGCUAUUCAUUUCUACCCAUGACUUAUCAUCCCUAUCACCACAGUAUCGGCCACUUAUUUUCCUAUACUCAUAUAUACCCUUAUAAAACUUCGUGUGUCCUAGCUAGAACGACAACCGGGGGAACGGUUUCUGACAAAUCUUCGGGAGGCCGCACAAGACCUGCAUCGCUACCAAGAACGCCGGUUCCUGACCGCUAGGCUCAGCUGCAAGAAUACCUAACGCUAGUUUAUCAGAAGUUGCAGGCGGGGUAUCGAAGGCAUUCUCUAGCCAAAGGCUCGCGCAGAAGUUUGAUAGAGCGGCGGUGAGAAAGGGGAGAAAGGGGGCCGCCCGUGGCCGUGUAGGAGGCGAAAAGGAGGCAAGACUGAGAAAGCUAUAUCGACGUCGGGCACAUAUUCAAGAUGACUCUUAACCCGAUGUUGCCCCAGGCUGCCUGGGUUGAUCCUCUACCGAGUGACAACAUCUUUGCGUCUGAGUCUCACUUUCGCAGCAAUCCUGAGAUAGGAUUCUUUGUCUUUUGCUGUCAAGGAUUCAGCAACUGUCCUCUCCAACUUGGCGAGUUUUGGGCCGGCGACGUGUCUCAGCAGCGAUCGCAGCGGACAAUGGAUGACCAACACUGGUUCCAACACAUGGCUGCGGAUAGUGGAGAUGAAACUUAUGCGACCGAGGACCUUCUCAGCGACUGCUUCCCGGUUACUGAGACGAGUACGCCAUAUGGUAGGGGCCAAGCAAACGCCGUUGGUGUCUCAGCUGUCAAUAUCGGAAGGGAUUUUGAUCCGAGUCCCGCUCAACAGAACAGACCAGCGGGAAACGAGCAAAUGUUUUUGCCAAACCUGCGCAUAGCAAACGGGUAUGCUCGAGGCUUCGGGGCCAAUUAUGACGCCCGCCAGUAUGCUUGGCAGGCGUACAAUACCACAGGAGCCAACCAACCCACCAACUACCUCGACUCUCCUGACGGUCUACCCGAUAACCAAUGGCAACAUAAUAUGUCUGUCUUCGGCGAACCACUAGGGGGCCCUCAUGUGAGCCCCAGUAGCUUCUCGUCGUCAAUCCCUUCCUCGGCAACAUCCGAAGCUAUGGCUGCGAUGUCCCUUGAUUCCAUGACAGCGCAUAGCAACACAAUCGGAACUUCGCGUGCAAAUAACUCUGUACCUAGCUCGGAUACUUCUGGAAACAGCUGGGCAUCGGGUUAUCCUCCUACAAUUUCUCCCAAGAUGCUGCGCCUUAACCCAUCACCGACUCAUACUUCGUCGUCGGAGUCAAUGCAUAUCAAUACCCUAGCCAGCUGCGAUCCCGAUGUUGGCAUCUCUGCCUUCGAUAACCAUCCUCGCAGCCCAUUUCCUCACCAGCGCCCGCUCCAAAAGCCGCGCAAAGAACUCCCCAGCAGGCCAAUGAAGCAGCGCUCGCUACCAUCGUCGACCUUCGCAUCGAAACUGAAGGACAAGAAACGAGCUGCUCCACCAGCACCCCCGAUCCAGCUGCAGCCACCUCCCAGACCUAAAUUCACCCAGGAGAUACAAGAGCCGCUGCGAAGCUCACCCUACGAAAUCGAAGACUCUCCUGUCCCGUCUUUUCAAGGAAACGGCGAUAAACGACUUCCCGAAGAUUCUCGCUCGGCAAAGGACGAGUUCCUGGUUCGAUCGAAGAGAGAGGGUCUGACGUAUCGCGAGAUCCGCAAGCAGGGGAACUUCACGGAGGCCGAGUCGACGUUGCGGGGACGGUUCCGGACAUUGACGAAGGACAAGGAGGCGCGGGUCAGGAAGCCCGAGUGGAAGGACACUGAUAUCCGCUUGUUGAAGAAAGCUGUCCGCAAGCUGUGGCUAGGCGAGGAUAGCAUGCCGGUGAAAGCGCCGUGGGGCCAGAUCUCGGAUUACAUCGUGAAGCACGGGGGCUCGUACCAGUUCGGCAGCGCUACGUGCCAUAAGAAGUGGAAGGAGUUGGUGGAGGCGGGCAUGGCGGGACUGAAGUGA